AAUAUAAAUUGAUAAGGUUUAAUUAUUGACUAGAAUUUCUUGAAAAUGAAGGACUACUCAGAAUUACUCACUAGUAAACAUAUUGUGUGAGAUCAACAUAGAAGUGACAUCAUCGCUCGGUUCUCUGUUUUGAUUUUAUUAUAUUUGUAUGGAUUAUAGAGUUUAAAAAUAAUCCUCUCGUAACUGUGGUGUCUUACCGACGUUUUUACUACCUCUUUUAGUUUAUAAAAUGAAGUUUUUUGUUUGAAUAGACUCUAAUCUCGCCUAAAAUUUUCUAUUACUUGUGUGUUUAAAUAUUUUGAUAUAAUGGAGAAGUUUACUAUGAAUGAUUCCAUAGAAAAAAAAUUGGUGGACAAUACCAGCAUUAUUAGCCUAUUGUUUAGUGCUGUCAAAAAGGCCUCAGUUGUUGGAAUAGCAUACCUAGCGGGAUAUAUGAAUUGGUCUAUCGCUUGGUUUGUUGGUCCUGUAGUCCUUUUUGUGAUCAGAGAUCAAUGGAAAAAAACUAGUGAUCGGAAACGAGCUAUCGCUAAAGCCACCGCGCUCAGCAGUGAACAAGAAGUGGUUUUAGCUAGAUUGGACGAUCUACCAGCCUGGGUUUUCUUUCCUGAUAUAGAAAGGGCAGAAUGGAUUAACAGAAUAAUAAAACAAGUUUGGCCCAAUGUCAAUCAAUAUGUUCGAGAACUAGUGAGGGACGCCAUUCAACCGGCUUUAAGGGAAAGCUUAGAAAAAUAUAAAUUAACGGGCUUCAAAUUUGAACGAAUUAUAUUAGGAACAGUGCCGUUUAGAAUUGGUGGAGUUAAAGUGUAUGAUAAGAACAUCGAUAGAAAUGAAAUCAUCGUGGAUCUCGACAUUUUUUACGCUGGCGAUUGUGAUAUUACUUUUCAUUUAAAAGGAAUGAAAGGUGGAAUUCGAGAUUUCCAAUUACAUGGUAUGCUAAGAGUAGUUAUGAAACCGCUCAUUACAUCAAUACCUUUGGUAGGAGGACUGCAAGUCUUCUUUUUGAAUAAUCCAGACAUUGAUUUUGAUUUGGUGGGCAUUGCCGACGUAUUGGAUAUGCCCGGUUUAAGUGAUAUUUUGAGAAGAAUUGUCGUUGAAACUGUGGCGUCUAAAAUGGUUUUACCAAAUAAGUUUCCCAUUAAAUUGAGCGAAGAAGUUGAAGCUGUUGAAUUGAAAGCUCCAGAACCAGAAGGUGUACUUAGAGUACACGUUUUGGAAGCUAGUCACCUCAUGAAAAAAGAUAUUAGUGUUUUAGGCAAAGGAAAAUCAGAUCCUUAUGUCGUUGUCACUGUAGGUGCACAGGAGUUUAAAACAAAAGUGAUUGAUAACACUAUAGAUCCAAAAUGGGAUUAUUGGUGUGAGUUUCAAAUACUAGAAUCAAAUGGACAACAACUUUAUAUACAUGUUUUGGACAAAGAUGAUACAGGUGGAGAUGAGAAUUUAGGAAGAGCCACAAUCGAGGUGUCUAACAUAGUUAAGAAGGGAAGUGAUGAUAUGUGGGUAACACUGGAACAAGCUAAACAUGGUAUGGUUCACCUUCGACUCACCUGGCUAACGCUCAGCAAGAAUUAUUCGGACUUGGAUGCGAUAUUGAACGAAACUCAAUUAUUGAGAAGCUCAAAUCUACACACAGCUCUGGUUACUAUAUUUUUGGAUUCCUGUAAAAACCUUCCGCAAGCAAGGAUGUCAACUAAACCAGAUCCAUACGCUGUUUUGAGGGUCGGAAAUAAUAUCCAACAAACAAAAGUUCUAAUGAGAACAAUUAAUCCCGUUUGGGAAGAGGGCUUCACAUUUCUUAUUAAUAAUCCAGAAAACGAUACGUUAUUUUUGAGUGUGAUGGAUCAAAAAACUUCUUCGGAAAUAGGUCAACUUAAUUUGAAAAUCAAAACAAUAGCCAGCAAACAAGAUCUAGUUAUGAACAAGGAACCCUUCUCAUUAUUAAAAUCGGGUCCAGAAAGUAAAGUGAUAUGGUCUAUACAUUUGCGAAUUUUGAAGCAAUCUGAAGUGAUAGCAGAAAUUCGAAGUGAUGAUCCUGGAGUCAUGAAGAGAAGCAUUUCUAACGUUUCUAAGUCUUCUUUGGAAAACUUGGACUCAACCGACGUAUCACAAGAAAAUAUUAACAACGAUCCUUCGGAAUCACUCAAUCCAUCAAACGAAGUGGUUGAGGAUCUCAUCGAAGAUUCUUCCACGUCUUUUGUUAGUAAUAUACCUACCUCCGAAGCAACAGAUAUUCUGUAUCAUCGAACUUCAAGUGUAACAUCAUCAGCAGGUGAAGCAGGUUUAGGUCGCAUACAACUAACUCUUCGGUACAGCAUUCAAAGACAACGACUAAUUGUUGUUGUACAUAAGAUUAUGAACAUACCUCUCAAAGAUCCCUCAAGUAUUCCUGAUCCUUAUGUGAAGCUGUAUCUUUUACCGGAAAGAGCUCGAGAUACAAAAAGAAAAACGCAGGUUAUCAAGGAUAACAUCAAUCCAAUCUUUGAUGAAACUUUCGAAUAUGUUAUUAGCCAAGGCGAAAUUGGUUUCAGACAAUUAGAAGUUACGGCUUGUACACAAAAGCAACUAAUAUAUUCCAACAGUAACAUUUUAGGACAGGUGAUUAUAGAUCUUGGCAAACUGAAUCUCACUCAACCCUAUAAUUCUUGGUUCGAUUUACAGCCAGGAUUUCGUGCGGAUUGAAUUUUGGUCAUAGUACAUAAUGUCUUAAAAUCAUUUAUAUCAGGAAAAGUUCAUGUAUUUAGUCGUUUUUCAUAUAUAUUUAUACAAUGUGGUCAAACCAAAACGGACGAAUUCUAACCCCGACAAAAUUUAAAUAUGUAUUGCACAUUAACAAAAAUCGAAAACACAGUAUCUUUUAAAAAUAAAGCGGUUCUGAAGUUUA